AUGACCUCAAAUUCACUACCGCCCUCUCCUACUUCCCUGAGCAUUGAAGAUCAUAGCACAAUAUCGGCCUCGCCGAAUACCACAAAGCUUUAUGGUCAGCCUCUACAGCCUACACAACCGAAAUAUGACGAUAUUGUCUCCCGUGGAAUACUAAAAGAAUCCGAGGGCCGGAAGCUGUUCCAAUUAUACAUGGCCAAUGCCAAUGUUUUUCUCCCAUUCUUCGACUCGACUGUGGAUACCUUUGACGCUCUUCGUCACCGUUCGACCUUCUGCUUCACUGUUGUUCUUGCCAUUGCAUUGCGAGCAGACCGCCCGCGAACCGACCCCACCAGCAAGAAGUGCUUCGAAGAGGCACAGAGUCUUGCCGCCCGGAGUCUAUUUGCCAUCUCCACACAGCUGGAAACCGUCCAGGGGAUGAUCUUGCUGUCGGCCCAUGCAGAGAGGAACUGGUUCGCUAUCAGCCACGCAUACCAGAUGGGCAAGGCGCUACAUUUGCCUGAUCUCCUUCCUCGAGAGGGUGAAACGGGGGAUAAACAAGAACUACAUACCAAACAGUUCGGUGAUAGGCGAUCCAUUCGACGGAUAAGAACGGCUUUGAUACUUCAUCAAGUUGAACAGGAAGUCACAGGUGGUACAGCUCGCCAAUCUAUCGGCAACGCUGUAAAAUCGUCCUUCCUCGAAUCUUUUCUUGGCGGCGCUUUAUCAUGUACCCGGGAUAUGAGAAUCGUGGCAAACAUUGAAGUGGUACAGUUACGAGGUCGACUUCUUAAGGAGCUGGAGCUCCAUGACAGCCUCGGCGGAACUGUAAACACCAUUGUCAGUCACAUUGAAAAUGAAAUCAACACCUGGUUUAAUCGUUGGGACACUGUCUUCCAAGACCAAGACUACAGUGUGAGCAGCUUCCAACGAAGCAGCAUUCGUUUGCAAAGAGACUACGCAUUCAUCAUCAUCUGCAGCGCCUUGAUCAGUAAACUAAGUGAAGGGAAUACUGAGAAGAUUCAUCCUAAUUCGAUGACAGAUGAAGUGAAAGACCUAAUCGAGGUCACCCUGAUGCGAAGCAUCAAAAUACUGAGCUUCAUAACUGACGACAAUGAUUACAAAUGGUAUUUACAAUGGGCACCCACGUACUCGGCUUUAUUUCCUGCGUUUACUGCCGCUCUCGCGUUUCGACUGGCGAAGAUACUUCCUGGCUUUUCGGACUGGGAAAAGCUCUUGUCGUCAUUUCUCUCGGUGGCGGAUGUCCUCGGAGAAUACCCUCAUCAAACAUAUUGUACGAUUAUCCUCAACCUUGCAAGACUUACCGCCUCGUGUAUGAAAACUGCCACGAGUCCAACAUCGACUUCUGUUGUUCAAGCGGUGGACAACUCCCAAUCUCAAAUUACUACGUGGUCAGAGGCAGACGCUGGCGAACAUACCCAGACCGAGAGACACAGCCUUAUAGAUGGAGAAUCGAGCAGCCGCGUUACCAACCAAUGCGACGUUCCAGCAGAUGAUUUUGGUUGGCCUUCCGGUCCUAUGUCGCAAUGCGACUUCCCGGAAGGAAGUGCAAUCGCAGGUAGCGACCAGUUGGAUAUGUAUGCUUCGUUUGGCAUGCCUGACAAUUCUUUUGACUUUAGUCUAUUUGCCGCCUCUGUGCAGGAUUAUAUGGACGUUGACGACUCUGUCAAUAGAUAA